CAUGGAGCUUUACGAACCGGGAUCGUGAUGUGAGAAUUCACAUUUGGCUUUUCACCCGAUGUGAUAUUGGGGUUGUAAAAUCGCCUUUACUUCUCACUCGUUAACCGCCUCUGUAUAUUGCAUUACUCUAUGUUUGUCGUAGCUUCGUAGAACCUCAGUCGUAGCCGAUAUCCCGUAGCGCACGCACGUAGCGUCUCGGGCGGUUUUCGCUCCAAAUACCUUCAUAUAAAAACUUGUAUCGUGAUACGGACGGUGUUUUUGUGUUUGUGACAUCUUGUGUCGGAACAGGAUUCUUGUUAACGAUUGUCAUAAAAUGCAAAACCGCAAACGUCAAAAGAAGAGACGGCCGAAACUUUUGUGUUGUGAAAUGGACUUGCCACGCGAAAAUGUAACUUUAAACUGAGUAAUAAGAAUGAAAAUGGCGUUGCAGUGUUGCCCAGUGGGCCGGGUUUCGAGCAGAGAUUUGCUAGUGAUAGUUCUAUUUCUGUGUCGGACAAUAGUUUGUGACAGUCAGUGUCCGAAGUUUGGUGAAAAGCCAUUGGAGACGAGGGUACAGGAUGCCUCGAUAGUUUUUAGAGCCGUUGUAGUACAAACUCAUCAUCAGAGACAAACACUAGACUUAGCUCUAGUGUCUAUAUAUAGAGGAGGUGUGGAGUUAGCAUCAGUUAGUCAGUAUGAAGGAUCGCCUUACAACACCACCGACAGACAGGUGAACCUAAAGAUCAGUUCUCAACUGGAGGGCUGUUUCAAUUGGAGCAUGGCGCCAUCUAGCGAGCUGGUAGUAUUCUCCCGGGUCAGCGACCCCGUGGUCGACUUGGAGACUACUCCUCCUGACGGGCCAUGGUUGGAGGCCACGGCGGCGGCCGUGCCGUGGAGUUUGGGCGUGGACAUCGCCAUUUGGAAUGCUGUCGGUUGGGCGGGGUGGGGGGAGUGGGGCGCCUGUAGUAGGACUUGUGGUGGUGGAAGGCAAACCAGAAGGAGGUACUGCUCGCAGGCUACUUGCGAAGGUUAUGGAGAACAAGCGAGGUCUUGUAACUCCUUCGACUGUGAAGGUACGAUAAACCCCCUAACGCCGGGUGCCCGAAGAAACUUCCACCCUGCCCAAGCCAGGUGGGGUCCCGUCGCGGACCGACCCCAUGCAUUCAGCUUAAGACCAAACUCGUAUAUCUGGAUCGCGUCUUCAGAGCUGUUUGGUGCUGGCAAUACUUUCCCUAGGGAAUUCACGCUGUUCAUCUCCCUAAGGCUAAGACCUGAGAGCGGAGGCUACGGUCAAGGAACUCUAUUCUCCUUGCGUUCGCGCCGGCGGACGGGUUCAUUCCUGUCUUUGGAGUUGGCUGGAAGAGGGGCAGCGAGGCUGGUCCACGCAGGCGCGGGCUCCUCCAGGUCUAUAUACCUGGCUGUACCACUGUAUGACUUCCGUUGGCACCAUAUUGCCAUCAGUGUCCAUGAUGACAACACGGUACGAGCGUAUGUGGACUGCCGGUGGCUUAGGACUGAUGUGCUGGAGAAAGAUGCAUUGGACACGCCACGAGACGCUGAUCUUAUAAUAGGAUACUUGUUUUCUGGCGACCUGGAACAACUGGUGCUAGUGCCUAAAGCAGGUCAGGCGCACAAACAGUGCGCGAGCCAAGUCACAGGCGUCGCAAUACCGUACGUCACUAUGCAAGAUUCAUAAUUGUAACAAAACAUGUCGAUGAUGAGUGCUGAACUUAAAUGUUAACUGCUUAAAUUAAAUGUUGAAAAUAUAUAAUUUUGUUUAUUUCAAUUUUUUCAAUUUAAAUAUUUGAUACUGAUUUAAAAAGUUUAACUCGGUUUUGAACAUAUUUAAUUUGGUAUCGUUUAUUUUUAACUGCUUAUUUUAUAAAUGUUGUAGUGGACUAACUAGAGGGUGUACAACUUUACUAGUUACUAAAUAGUAACAAAAUUGUUACAAUUCAAAAAAUGUUAAUUUUCAAUUGAUUUAUAUAAUUUAAAGUCUGAUAUGAAUGUUCAGAAAUUUUAUCAGAAAACAUGAUAAUAAUUUUAUAAAAUCAUUAUGUAAAUCUAAGAAUUGUAUAAACUAGGACCAUUUCUAUAUUAUCUGUCAGGCUUCAAUGAGUUUCUGUAUAACAUUAUGGGCGUUCUUGGAAUAUAGAAUUAUACUAAAUUAAAUAGGAACAAUCCUAUUUAAUUUUGUAAAAACUAAAACUAAAUUAAAACUUCUCAUUGUAAAUAAUUAAGACGUAUAAUUUUAAGGAUUUUUUUUUUCGCUUUUGAACAAUAUUUUUAUUUCUUUUGUUGUUUUACCUACGCUUAGUUUAUAACAUGAUACUGCGAACUUGGCUCUAUUUUCUACAAUUGUGUAAUAGUAACUUUAGCUAGUAAUAUGAAGUGUACUUGUAUAUUAAACCAUUCUAAUCGUUUUAAUGUUUAAUUAUGAGACAAGAUAGAUUAGAUGAUUCUAUAAUGAAAAAUAGGACUUCUUAUUUUAUGUGAAGAUUUUCGCAAAAUAUGUAUAUAUUUUUUUCAGAAGCACGUUUUAAGAAAAUUUUACUUUCAUUUGCAAAUAGUUUUACACCUCUUAAUAACAGUAAAACAUAUAAUUUAUCUCUUAAAUAUAAACGUUAAAAUUUGAGAAUAUAAAGGUACCAGUCAGCUUUGACGUAAAAACUAAACUACACGUCGUCGUCAUUUCAACAAAAUGGUGUUUUUGCGCAAGCCUAGGGCGAAUAGGUUUAAUGUUCAGAGCUAUCUUAAAAAUCCAUACCCAUACUAUCAAUUUAUACUACUAUUUGAUCAGAAAGUAUGUUUAUUUCUCCUUCUUUGACGUCAAAACGGAGCUGGAGAGUGUUACUAUAGUGAACGUAGGUUACUUCAUACCGUGGGCACCAGCGUAAGUAAUUAAAGUUUAUAUAUUUAUGAGACAUACUACAUGUUUUGCGAAAAUAUAAAAUUGAUAAAACUUAUAAUAUAUACAAUAUAUCGUAUAUAAUUUAGUGACGGAAAUAUAGUUUUUCUUACAAUAUCACUGGCCUAAUAAUGUAAAUAUAAAAACUAUGUUAAAAGUUCCAAAACAUUAAAAUUAUUUCAUAACAAUAUUUUCACACAAUGACAUACCCACUUAAACAGAUUUAUAAUUUAGUUAUAAACCAAAAAGGUAUUUGUUUAAUUACAA